AUGUGGCAAUCAACGUCCUUACCAGUUCAGUACCAGCCAGCAGCCGUUGAGGUAGUUCAGAGACAACAAGCACGAGAGCCGAUCUACACACCACGAAGAAAGCAGGCAUGCUCUCGGUGUCAUACGAAGAGAAUCAAAUGCCUAGGCGGUGUACCAUGUCGUAACUGUACACUCUCGAAUUCAUCUUGCACAUUUCCACCACCCCGACCAUCGAGAAAUUCGGUUAGCCAGCAAGCUCCUGUAUCACCUACACACGCUCCCAAGGAGGACCAGUCCAUAUCCAGUGCCACUGACCAGACGAUAACACUCCCAUCGUCAAGGUCCUGGAACUACCGACGGUCGGAAAAGGACUUUAACUCAAGCCGGUCCAGUCACAGCAACCAAGCUUUGAGACAAACCUACCGUGGCAGUCCUUCGUGCCGAACGUUCACGGAGCAAUUUGUGGCCUGGGCCGCGGUGCAACGGCUCCAGCUCAAUCCGUUCAAUGAUACAUCUUUCGAUCCAGCGUGGGCGGCCUUGGCCCAGUCCGACUAUGGGUCGAUGAACACCGGCUUGGAAAUCUCGAUCGACACUACAGUGUCUCAUUCUUCAGCGAGACCCGAGGCCACAAAGCCGGUAAAGAUACGCCUUCCGCCGUACAACUACAGCAUGCAUCUCAUACAAUGCGUUGAGUCAGCAAUUGGCCACGAACAGCAUUAUUUCCGCCGACAACAACUGCGCACUAAGCUGUCGCAGAUGUACCAGAAUCCCGAGGCAACCCAGAGCAAAGAUCAGGGUUGGCUAUGCCAUUGGCUUGCUAUCCUUGCCCUUGGCGAGCUGUACGGCACCAAUCGGCAAGUCGGCCCGGCUGAUGGACAAGAGACUGACAGGCCACCGUCACAUAUCGACGACGAACCGCCGGGAGCACAAUACUACCAUCAAUCCAUGGCAUUUCUUCAACAGGUGGCAGAAAAUCCUAACGUGCAAUAUAUUGAAACACUGUCCUUGCUGGCGAUAUACGCCUUUUCCUUGGACAAGAUCAAUACAGCCUUCAUGUACAGUGGUCUCAGCAUGCGGGCAGCUCUCUCUCUAGGUCUACACCGAAGUCCCCAGGAUUUUCCUUCAGAGCGAUCCAACCUUCCAGAAGCUGAACUUGAGCAUCAAAAGCGAGUGUUCUGGACAGUUUACUACCAGGACCUACUUACCACAACCACGACUGGCCGACCCUGGGGCAUCCUGGACGACGAAAUCACAAUCGACUACGCGGACUCCAGCCGUCUUGGGAGUGAAUCGCUGAUGGAGUUCUUCGAUCCUGAGGAGUCCAAUGCUCACCUAGAAAUUAUGCGCUUGCGAGGUCAAGCAUAUUCCUCGUUGUACGGAUACGCAGGAACUGCAAUAAACCCUUACUCCCAUAUCUCUUUGUUCGAUUUUGAUCUGGGGGGUUGUCUAUCUCAGCAACAUCUAGACAAGAUGUUUGAGUUCCAUCAGGGCUUACUAACCUGGCACCGGGAUCUUCCCGUGCAGUUACAGCUUGCUCGGAGCUGGGACGGAUCGCUCUUGAACUUGAAUCGAGUGACCGCCAGCUUGCACCUCAUCUACCAUCAGACCAUACUUGUGCUCCUCAGACCAGCACUGGUCAAUGUUCACAAUGACUGGUUUGAAGCGCAGACCAAACAACCUGCGACGACAGUCGAAAUCUUUCCCACGGGAUCGAAAUCAAUGCUGCAAGCAUUUCGCCAUACCUCAUUGGAAUCGGCACGGGAAACAGCGACAAUAUUACAAUGGUUGCAACACCAAGGAGCUUUGGCCAUAUAUUCCUACUUCGAUGCUAGCUACGCUUUCACCGCAGCCAUCACACUGCACCUAGCGAGACUCACGACCCAACGAGGACCAAACGGCACUGAACACCUGCCUGCUGGUUCUUUCCCAGCAGAGGUUGGCAGGCAAUGUGCCCGCCAGAGAGUUUGA